UUUUUAAAGAUUUAUUCUAAAGAGAAAGGGGUGCCUGCACACACAUGAGUGGGGGUACCGGCAGAGGGAGAGAAUCCCAAGCGGACUCCCAGAGGAGUGUGGAGUCCCACUGGAGACUCAGUCUCAGGACCCAAGAGAUCAUGACCUGAGCCAAAAUCGCAAGUCCCACACUUAACCGAUUGAGCCACCCAGGUGCCCCAGUAUUAUAAAUAUUAAAUUAUUUCAUUUCCCUGUACAGUUAGGUUCUUUAAUCCACUCUGUGCCUGGUCGCUAGGCAUAAGAUUCUUAGAAUCAUGGAGCAGGGGAGUAAAAUGAGCCUCGGCCGAAACUUCCGGAUUUCCAGGCUAUCAGAGGAGAGGAAAUUCCUGAUGCCACGAUCCCAGGGUUUUCCAGAGCUGAAGAAUGACACGUUCCUGCGAGCAGCCUGGGGAGAAGACACAGACUACACUCCCGUUUGGUGCAUGCGGCAGGCAGGCCGCUACUUACCAGAGUUUAGGGAAACUCGGGCUGCUCAGGACUUUUUCAGCACCUGUCGCUCCCCGGAGGCCUGCUGUGAAUUGACUUUGCAGCCACUGCGUCGCUUCCCUCUGGAUGCUGCCAUCAUCUUCUCUGACAUCCUUGUUGUACCCCAGGCACUGGGUAUGGAGGUGACUAUGGUGCCUGGCAAAGGGCCUAGCUUCCCAGAGCCAUUAAGAGAAGAGCGGGACUUAGAACGUCUCCGGGAUCCAGCAUCAGUGACCUCCGAGCUGGGCUAUGUGUUCCAGGCCAUCACCCUCACCCGACAACGGCUGGCUGGGCGUGUGCCGCUGAUUGGCUUUGCUGGUGCCCCGUGGACUCUGAUGACAUACAUGAUUGAGGGUGGCAGCUCAAGCACCAUGGCUCAGGCCAAGCGUUGGCUUUACCAGAAACCACAGGCUAGUCACCAGCUGCUUCGCAUCCUCACUGAUGCUUUGGUCCCAUAUCUGGUGGGACAAGUGGCCGCUGGUGCCCAGGCAUUGCAGCUCUUUGAGUCCCAUGCAGGGCAUCUUGGCCCACAGCUCUUCAGUCAGUUUGCGCUGCCCUACAUCCGUGAUGUGUCCAAGCGGGUGAAGGCCAGGCUGCAGCAGGCAGGCCUGGCACCAGUGCCCAUGAUCAUCUUUGCUAAAGAUGGACAUUUUGCCCUGGAAGAGCUGGCCCAAGCUGGCUACGAGGUGGUUGGGCUCGACUGGACAGUGGCCCCAGAGAAAGCCCGGGAACGUGUGGGGAAGACGGUGACCCUGCAGGGCAACCUGGACCCCUGUGCCCUGUAUGCAUCUGAGGAGGAGAUCGGACAGCUGGUGCAGCAGAUGCUGGAUGACUUUGGGCCACAGCGCUACAUUGCCAACCUGGGCCAUGGACUUUACCCUGACAUGGACCCAGAACACGUCGGGGCCUUUGUGGAUGCUGUGCAUAGACACUCACGUCUGCUUCGACAGAACUGAGCAUACACUUUUCCCUCAACUACCACUAACAAAGAUGAUUGAUUGUUUCCAGGAGAAUAAAAGUUGCAGAGUUGGAAUCUAA